AUGUCAUUUUCAUCUCCCAAUGAAGACGAUUAUUCUGACCUUGAGAGACGCCUCAGUGAACUAAAGAAAUCUAAUGAUGAUAUUAAAACUGAAGAAGAAUUAGUAGAAAGGUUUACAAACCUUUUGGGGCGACCAACAACUAUCAGAACAAAAGAGGUGGUAAAAGAUAGAACCUAUAAAUUACCCGCCGAAAAUGUAUUGAAUGAUGAUGAGAAACUAGACAGCAUUGUUUCGAGAUUCUUGGGUGAUGAUAAAAGUAAUCGUAGCGAUGACAUUGUAGCUUCAGAUCUUAUACAUCAAAUACAGGAUGAUGUUUAUCUAGAGAAUAAGUAUGGCAAUAAAGAAGAUGGAAAAAUAAUAGACUACGAUGAAUUGGAAAAAAGAUAUAGAUUGUUAAAAGAAAGUAGUGUAAAAUUAUCAUCAAUUAGUAGUGAGAAGAUAGGCGUUAGCCCACUAGGUCCUCCACCAAAACCAUUAGAAUUGUCUGAAUUUGACUCUGAUGAUCCGGAUACUUGGUGUUGUCAGUUCAAUUAA